CUUCUUUAAACGCACAGCUCCUCUUUGUCUUCUCCAUUCUUUCUCCGAUUUCUCUCUCUCUCUCCCUCUCUCUCUCCCCUUUUUCCAUUCUCUCCCUCCACCCGAAUUCACAGACACAGAGAAGAUGGUGAGGGACGACCUGUACAUCGCGGUGCCUAGUUUCUUCCGGUGCCCAAUUUCCCUCGAAGUCAUGAAAUCCCCUGUGAGCCUCUGCACCGGCGUCACCUACGAUCGCACCAGCAUCCAGCGCUGGCUCGACGACGGCAACAACACGUGUCCCGCCACCAUGCAAGUCCUCCACACCAAAGACUUUGUCCCCAAUCGCACCUUGCACCGCCUCAUCCAGAUCUGGUCCGACUCGCUCCGCCCCCACCGGGUCGACUCAGUCGACACCGACUCGCCUUCUUCCCCUUCCGAGUUACCGGCUAGGGACCAGGUCAGCGACCUAAUCCAGUGCAUGGACUCCGAGCCCUCCUCCGCCUCCUCGCUUGACUCGCUGUCGAAGGCUCUGUGCUUGUGCGUCGACUUUAUCGGCGGCGGUGACAAUGCCGUGGACGGCGCUCAAAUCGGCGUCCUGGAGCAAGCAGUGACGAUCAUCCAUUUGUUGCUGGACGACGAAAUCCAAGAGCGCGAGGAGCUCAUGAGAUGGAUGUUAAAGAAGACCGGCCGCGACUGCCUGGCGUCGCUGCUCGUCGUCCUUCAACAAGGAAGUGCGGACGCUCGAAUCGCAUCGGCUAGGAUUUUGGAGUCAAUCGCGGUCAACGCUGAGGCCAAGUUCCUAAUUGCCGAGAAAGACGGCCUGCUGUCCGAAUUGCUGAAAUUGACGGGUCCGGAAAAGGACCCGACCCUGAUCGAGGCGGGUCUUUCGUGCCUAAUCGCGGUGUCGACGCCGAGGAGGGUGAAGGUGAGGCUGGUCCAUUUGGGAGCCGUGAAGUGGCUGUCGAAGCUGCUGGGGGACCCGAACUCGGCGACGUCGACGAUCGAGAAGGUUCUCAAGGUGCUCGAAAUGGCGUCGUCGGUGAAGGAAGGGAGGGCGAAGAUAUGUGAGGACGGGAAGUGCGUGGCGGGAAUCGUGCAGAGGCUACUGAAAGUAUCGGGUGCGGCGAUGGAGCACGCGGUGACGAUACUGUGGAGCGUGUGCUAUUUGUUCAAGGAACGGGCCGCGCAGGAGGCGGUUGCCAAGGCGAAUGGGUUGACCAAGAUCUUGCUGUUGAUGCAGAGCAACUGCUCGCCGGCUGUUCGUCAAAUGUCGGCCGAUUUGCUCAAGAUUUUUCGGGUCAAUUCCAAAUCGGUUAUUUCUUGUUAUGAUACUAAGACCACUCAUAUCAUGCCCUUUUGAGAAGGGGAAAAAAAAAACAGAAGAAACAAACGAUUGUAAAUGACACAAAUUUUGUUAGUGAAUACAAACGGAGAAAUUCAUUUAA